AUGGACUCGACGAUAAAAACGAAUCAGCCUGGUGAGAAGAAUCCAGAUGAAUUGAUGAGUAAUCCAGCUCAACUAAAUGUUGUUGAUUCCGAGUAUCGUAGGCCAACACGUUCAUAUCGGCGCUGGGAGAAGAAGCACAAGGCCCGCUGUAAGGCUCAGAGGGAGGAGAUUGCCCUAAGAGAAGAAGAGACUCUUCGUAAGGCUGAGGAGCUUUUUUGGCGUAAAGUGGAUGAAACAGAUGGUUUCGAUAUCGAGAUCGAGGGUGCUCCUUGUCGUUUUGGUGGUAUGAGUGUGCAUAAAGGUGGAGCAGAUUGUCCUCUUGUAGUGCAGCUUUAUGCCAAGGUGGGACUUCAUCGUUACAAUAUGCUACAGGGGACCAACUUGCAUCUUCACGAAGUAGAGAAAUACGUUCUAGUUUGUACCUUCAUGCCUGUGGCGUAUUACAUUACUUUGAUUGCUCAGGAUCCAGCUACCUCCUCCUUUGUUGUUUUCCAGACUCAGGUUGACCAAAGAGAUUUAGGCCAGAUGGAUUUCUCUUGUUUUACCUCAAGACCUAAAGGGAUCAAGAGUGAUAUUUAUCCGAAGCAGUUCUUCGAUGCCAAGAAGUUGCCUGAGAAGUGGCCUUCAGAGGAGGCUUUUGCUGAUAAAAGUCGAUUUUUGUACAAGGUAGGUAACACUUUGAUGAAUGACAUUGACAAUGUAGCUGCUUUAAUUUCACCAUCUUUGUUUGCUUCUCAGUUGCAGAAAUCAGAUUGGGAAGAACAUGACUGGAUUCACUUGUAUAUGGAAAUUGUAUUCUUUUAUCGAGAUCGGUGGCUGAAUCACAACAUGUCCGAUUUAAAGAUUUUGGACGUAGUGUUAGAGACUUCGGAAAAUCUGCCAUAUGAGACCGUACUCAAGAGUUUAAGGAAUGUCACUGUCUACAUAAGAUAUGAUCAAGACUUGGGAGCGGAUGGUGUUUGCAAACACAUUGCAAUUGUUCGAAGAACUGUCGAGCCGACAACUCAAUGCGUUUGUCUCUUGGGCGACUCUCAGCUCGUGCCCGACUCUGUGUAA